CUCUCGCCAAGUGGACGUUCACACCCAGCUCCACUGACCUCGCAACCAAGAGAGGUGCGGGGGGGGGGGGUCAUGACCCCCUCGGGGUCCUACCCCGGGCAGCCCCCGCGGGCCCGGGACCCCGCGGACCCCGCGCUGGAGUUACUGCGGGAGCAGCACGCCGAGCUGCGCGCGCUCACGCAGCGGCACGGGGAGCAGAUCGCGACCCUGCUGGUCGACGGACCCCGCGGGACCCCGAGAGAGGGGGCCCGAGGCCCUGCGGCGGUGGGGCCCGCGCCAGGCGAGGGGACUGCCUUCGGGGGGACCUUUGGGACCCCGAGAAGUGGCGCAGGGGUCCGAGGCCCCACACCGAAGGGACCCCUGAGACGCCGCGUGAAGGGGACGGCGGCAGUGGCGGUCGCAGCAGACUCGAAGCCCCGCCAUAGGAACGGGGAGUGUGCGAGACUCGAAGAUCCUCGGGCGACGACGCGACAUCCCGACGAUGAUAACGGUGGCGGUGGUGGUGGCGGCGAAGGUGACCGUGGUGAUGGACGCGGGGAGGAAGAUCCAGAGCAGCGAGGGGAUGUGGCUUUGAUCCUGGGACUCCUGGGGUCCAGCAGGGCCCGGGGCCCCCCUCCUGAGAGGAACCCCACGCGCCCCCCGUCCUCCUCCUGUCGCGGGGCUCGCGGUCGUGGGGGGGCCAGACCCCCCAGGGCUCCCGUGGACUGCGACCUGCGGCGCUCGGAGAACGAAGCGGUGCGCGCGUGGCUGAGGGGGGCUGCGGCUCGGGCCCGCGUGGCGCGGGGGGCUCGGCGCCGGGAGGCGAGGAGGCGGAGGGAGGGGGCCCUGCGGGAGUCGCGCGAGAGGGAACGGCGCGGGGAGCAGAGCGCGCGGGCGGUGCGCGCGUGGAUGGAGGCGAAGAGGAGGGAGGGGGGCAGGGGGAGAGGGGGGGCAGCAGAGGGCGGCAGUGCACCGGGGGGCCAGCGCGGGGAAAGCAAAGUGGAACACCUGAAGGAGAAGAGGAAAACACUGACCCAGAUUAAACAUGGGGAUACGGGGACCCUUCGGGAAAGGGGGGCCACUGGCACUGAGAGGGAGAGAGCGCAGGGCGUGGGGUCCCCGACGAAGAAGGGGGUCACCGGUAUUGAAGGGGAAAAGGGGGGCCCGAUGUUUUUGAAGAAGAGGGGGGGCAUCGGGACCCAGAGAGAGCAGUGCGCGGGGUCUCCGAAAGAGAAGGAGGGCAAGGGGACUGUGGGGAGAAAGGGGGAGUUGGGGGCGCCGGUUGAGUUGCGGGCUCCAGGAAAGAGGGGAGUGGGACCCCGAAUUAGAACUGGGACCACGGGGACUGAGAGGGAGCAGCGAUCGGAGGCCAAGAGGGACACGCGGUGCGCGGCGCUCCUCGUAAGAAAGGAGGGCGCGUGGCCCCAGAAGCAGCAGAGAGUGGAGGCCCUGGAGGGGAAGGGGUCAUCAGUGACCCCGAGUGAGAAGGGGGGUACGGAGCAGGGAGCGCGGCCCCAGAUGGAGCAAGGGGGUACAGAGUCCGUCAAGAGAAUUGGGGACACGGGGAUUUGCAGAGAGCAGGGAGAUGAGCCCGUGCAGGUGAAGGGGUCAGCAGUGACCCCGAGUGAGAAGGGGGACGCGAGGCCCACGGGGGGGGAGCGGGGAGCAGUGGGAGAUGCAGAGGGGGAGGGCAGAGAGCGCAAAGGGGGUAGAGUGUCUCUGCCCGCGACCACCCCCUCCCAGGGCCCCCCCGUAAAGGGGUUCCGGGGAGCAAGUGGUGGUCGCGGGGGACCCCGCACCCCCUCGACCCACGAGGCAGAGCUCGUGUCCAGCCUCGCCCGGCGGAGGAAGGGGGCCCUGCGGGGGUGGGGGUCUCGCGUCGGCAGGACCCAGGAGGCCCAGGGGACCGAGGGGAUCGCGGAACCAGCACUGGGGCCCGAGGGUAAUGGGGUCGAGCCCCAGCAGAUCCCCGCGUGGUUGAAGGGGGCUCGCUUGCCCCCUACCGCCCUCUCGCGCCUCAUGGAGAAGCUGAGAGUGGGGGACGACGGGGAACGAAAGGGGGUCCAAAGGGGGGCCCUUGAGCCACUCGGGGUACGACCUGACCCCCAGGGGUGCGCGGCCCCCCAGAACCUGGGAUUAUAAUGACCCGGGGCUCAGCUGCCCACUUCCUCGGACGUGAUGUCCAACGUUUCUCCCCCACCCCCUCCCCACGGCUAAAGGAGGUCCACGGACCAUGGAGUGAAACGUCGAACAUCGCGCCGAACAGCACGCAGCGGCACAGCCCGAAAACACGGGAGAGCCUCGGCACUGAAUCGAUUGUUUAAUCGAAUCGUGAUGAUUGGUGUUGAAUCGUUUGGGGGGAUGGGUUGCGAGACGCCCCAGUGAUGCUGAUUGUUACUGACCGCUGUGCUUCGAACUUGUGAUGGCGGAAACAUUUUUCUAAACGCUUUACUCGAUUGUAUAUUUGCGAAGAACAGGGUCCCGUCGUGUAUAGGGAGUGCUCUUGCCUAUAACAACCGGGAAUCCAGCAGCAUUUGUUUCACAAGCCUGGUUCUGCUGAUGAGACCCGCAAGGUCGAAACCGGUGCAGAGUGUUUUUUCUGGCUUCAACAAAGAGCGCUGGACAAUGUUGAACUGGAGAGCCCCCAGGCUCAUAGAAUGACAACGCUCCUCACUGACAUGGGGAGUCAGAACGGAGGUCCGUUUAGAUUUGCUGACAAAAUAAAAGUGUGAUCUACACAGCCACACGCCCUAAUGGGAGUCCAUCUUAGCAGCAUGGGUUGAACACAAGCAAAUCCCUGGACCCGUGUCGACAUUCAGUGUCUCGUCAAGAGAGUCAAGCUUAUUCAUAUUCUUGGUGCUUUCGGUAAAGUCACGUGGAAGGGAAAUAAUAAAAUAAUAAAAAUAUAAAACAAUACAAAUUCUCACCACGUUUCGACUGCAACACAAGCAAUCAUCAUCAGGUGUGAAAUCCACAGCAAUAAAAAUUUGAAAAUCACACUUGAUGAUGAUUGCUUGUGUUGCAGUCGAAACGUCGUGAGAAUUUUUAUUGUUUUAUAUCUUUAUUAUUUCCCUUCCACGUGACUUUACCGAAAGAACCAAGAAUAUGAAUCCCUUCUGCAGUCACGAAAGCUUUAAAUCAGAGUCAAGCUUGUUUGAACCAAUGCUGGGUGGUGAACUGCCGGAUGUUUAUCGGCAAGAACCUUGUCUGUGAGGUUGUAUGGGUCCUAGUUCCACGCAAUACUCUGUCACUCAACAUCGCGGAGGUCUGUUUUGGUUGAGGUUGGACAUCGAUUCGCGAUCUCCCCGCGCGAUGGCGCCACGCGCCGCUUAAAUAAAAAAAACCUCAAGCUUGA